AUUUAUGUGAAAUGGGUUGAAACAGAAAUGUUUUGCUAUGUAAAAUUUGUUUGGAAAAAAAUGUCAUUUUUUAAAAUUUUCAAAUUUCCUGCCGCCGGUGGCCGCGCCCGUACGUCCCGACGUCACAGGGACCGGAACACAGAAGCCGGAUGCUGGCAUCGGCGGAGGAGAUGGCCGGGGACCCUGCAGGGGACACAUCGUGGGAGCGCAGGACAAGGUAAGUGCGGCAGGGACUCCCUAUGCAGCGCCGCAUGGUAUUCCCGAGUGUAGCUCGGGGUAAAGUUUCAGCACCACAAGCGGUAACCCCGAGCUACACUCAGGAAUACACUGCAGAGCUGCUCCGGGAUCUCUUCACUUA